AUGGCUCAAUUAAAUAUAGACAAAAUUAUUUUAUGCAACCAACGUGACGAUCUAGAAAUUUUCGGCCGCUGUCUCAACGGCAACCGUACAGCCUGUCCGGGUCACUUCGCCCAGGACUGUCCGCUUCUCUCGGGCUACAAGUUCUACCUGGCCUUCGAGAACUCGAACUGCCGGGAGUACAUGAGCGAAAAGAUCUUCUGGAACGCGUACGAGAAAGGCCCGGUCCCGGUUAUAAUGGGCCCACCUCGCGACGACUGUCAACGUCUCCUACCGCCGAAUUCUUACCUCCACGUCGAAGACUUUGCCAAUCCGUCGUCGCUCGCCAAUUACCUUCAAUAUCUCAACCGCAACCCUCGGGAAUACGCGAGGCUGAAAUCCUGGCGGUCCAGGUACCGGGUUAUCAACGAGCACGGCUACUUCGGUAGUCCUUCCCGGCAUUACUGUCGAGUCUGCCAGGCCCUUAAUUACAAUCCCAGGACGGAGAAGAUUUACCAUGACCUUGAGAGCUUUUGGAGCGAGGCCGGGGACUGCGCACGUCAUUAG